AGCAGUGCGCGUAACAGACGCACACUUUAUCCAACACCGUGAGAGCAGUCAGGGCUAGCGGUGGAGGCUUUUCUGGGUAGAAAUGUCGCUGUCUCACGAUCCAAGUACCAAACCCGGGAAUCGGAGGAGAAGGCAAGCUGAAAACACUCAAGAUAAAGAAAAGGAAAAUUGUGUUGCAGAUGAGUCCUGGGACAGUCCUCCUGCAUCAUCUGAACAAUUGUGUCCUUCUGUAGAAACUGGCACGCCUUCUUCCCUUGCUCCACAUUCAACAAAAGCCUGUCAGAGCCAUUACAUGUGUGAUGAUUGCACAUGUGGUGAUGAGCCCCAAAGUAAAAGAACUAUCAGAGCAGAGAAUGAAGUGGAGGCCAACAAACUGGUCAACAACUAUAGGUUUGGUUUUAGGAAAUGGAAGAGCCAUGUGACAGAGCGCCCAUUUGAAGGCCGGUCUGAUGUUGUAAAGGAGCUCUACUCGGAAUUAAAUGUUGUUAAACCCUAUACAAGUGAAGGUCAUUUUAUAACCUGUGGAAAUAUAGUUUAUAUCUUUCUCUUUGGCUGGUGGGUGUCUCUGGUUUAUCUGCUGGUUGGCAUCCUCAUGUUUAUCACCAUUAUUGGAUUUUCUUAUGGUAAACUGUGCUUCAAAAUGUCCUGUUACUUUUUAUGGCCAUUUGGCAAGUCCAUUCAUCAGAUAGGUAACACUAUGAGAAGGUGCUGUAGGAAUGCACCACACUGUAACUGCAUCAAGGAGGAGGCAGAUCCUGAUUCAACAUUACUGCUGCCUUCUCCAACAGAGGUGCUGCUGGAAGAGCCUCAAGAAUAUGUCCAAACUUCACACUGGUGUCGUGUCUCCACAUACAUCUGGCUGUUGCUGGGUUACCCUCCACUGGUGCUGAUCCACUGCUUGGCCUGCUUCAUUUCGUGGAUCCUUGUCUUCACCAUCCCUGUUUCCAAAAUGAAUGCAAGAACUCUUGGUGUUGUACUCCUCCUACCUCCUGAAGAUGUUUAUGUUUCUUCUUGUUCAAGGCUAAAGCAGGCUGUUGAAUCAAAAGCCCUGCUGUGCUGCUACCACGCUACAAACUGGUAUUACUACAAAUACACUGUGGAUGGCAUCAAUGUGUUUGCUGUCAAUCUACUUCCUCUGGUAGUUGUUGCCAUAGUGAUUGGAUACAUUGACAAAGAAAACCAGUUUGCCAGCUCUGAUGUUAAAUUUGCUAUAGCAGUUAGCUCUAUUAUACCAUUGUCUUACUACAUUGGCAUGGGCAUUGCAAGCAUCUCAGCCCAGAGUAACUUUGCAGUGGGUGCUGUGGUCAAUGCCACGUUUGGCUCCAUCACAGAGUUGACCUUUUACAUCACAGCCCUUCUGAGAGGUCACAGAGAGGCCAACCAGUGUUUACAGGAAGUAGUCAAAGCAGCAAUGACUGGCACACUGCUGGGAUGCAUCCUCUUCAUCCCGGGUAUCUGUAUGAUAAUUGGUGGCCUAAGACACAGUGAACAAAGAUUCAACAGCCGCUCUACUGGAGUCAGCUCGGCGUUGCUUUUCAUCUCUGUUGGCGGUGUUUUCACUCCCACGCUGUUCUCCAAGGCUUAUGGUAACCUUGUUUGUGAUGCCUGCUCAAGUGUGAAUAACAGUGGACCAUUUGUCUGCCAUAACUGCCAUUAUGAUCUGAACAAUGGCACCUUAUUUCACAACCAUGUCCAGCCUCUGGUGUAUGCCAUGUCUGCUCUUUUGCCUGCUGCCUACAUCAUUGGAUUAUUGUUUACGCUGAAGACGCAUUCUCACAUUUACAACAUACAUGUGGAGGAUGGACAAGCAUCUGGCCACAGUGGAGCAGUAGUGCAUUGGUCUCGCUGGAGGUCUCUGGUCAUCCUCAUCAUGGGUACAGUGCUCAUGUCCGCUUGUGCCGACUUAGCAACGGAGCACAUUCAACCCAUACUCAAUCAGCCCAACAUAUCGCAGUACUUCAUUGGAGUUACUAUUCUGGCGAUGGUUCCAGAGAUUCCCGAGAUUGUUAAUGGGAUUCAGUUUGCUCUUCAAAACAACAUAAGCUUAAGUCUCGAGGUUGGGAGUUGCAUUGCUGUACAGGUGUGCAUGUUACAGAUUCCUGUGUUGGUUUUCUUCAAUGCUUUUUGGGAUGUCGGCUUCGUGCUGUUAUUCAGUGACCUGCACCUAUGGGCCAGCAUCUUCAGUGUCAUUGUUGUUAAUUACAUUUUCAUGGAUGGGAAGUCAGAUUAUUUUCAGGGCACUGCCUUGGUUGUAGUCUACCUCAUCCUUUUGGCUUUAUACUACUUUGCUCCCUCUCCAAAAGGCUGCUGAACAGGUUUUCAUGUUUUUCUAAUUAUGACUUGGUUCGGUGGGAUACCUGUGGGCCAUAUUUGUAAUAGUUAAGUGACAGUGUGUGGAAAAAGCUAGAAAAGGACAAAAAGAGAAGUAGUGAUGAGUUCUAAAUCAGAAUACCUCUACCUGUGUCAUCAACACUGAAAAUCUAAUUUUAACUAUUGUGCAAUUUGGACAAGUUGCACAAUAGUCUGCUGCUCAAGUUUGAACAGUAUUAUAAACUUUACCCAAAUUUAAAAUCUACUUUUUCUUUUUUUUGUAAAAUCUAUGUUUUAGUGAAACGGAUAGUGUAACCUUAUGCACUUUUAGAUUAAUUGUUAUGUUUACAAUAGGAGAUAAGACUUAUCAACUUUUUACUGCACAUUUAUAAGUCAAUGUUGGCCUAUGAAAUUAUGUUUUACUGCACUGUUAUUUUAAUGCCAAUAAAUUUUCCAAAUGCUAAAUUA